GUUGGUCUGCAGGAUGAAGAGUUUCUGUGGAGGAGAGGGUAGUUGGAGGGGAAGAGGAGCUGCUCAGAGCAUGGAUUAAGCAGACCAGCUUUUGUUAGGGGAGCCAACCCUGGAAACCUGUCACCGUGAUUUUGGGCAUCAUCAGUGUGGCUCCAGCCUUUAGAGCUUCAGUCAAAUAGUGAGCCACAUAACAUCAGCCAGACCUGGACUGGUGAAAAGCAGAGAUCUGUACCCAAGGUUGUCAGAGUAAGGAAAACACACAGCUUUAUGCCAGUUUGCCCAGAGUGGUGUGAUGUCCGUGGUGUGUUUGUGCACGCAGCCCUUCCAAUUGCUUCGUCUGGGAGAGAAAACCCGAUAUUCCACCUCCUGAAGGUUACUAAUGAAGCAAAAAGUCAAGGCUUUGACAUCUUACUGCUUUAUUCACCCGGCAACACCUCUAUUAAAAACUCUCUGCAGUUCUUUCUGGGUGGCACAGCAAGCUGGCCACCAGCCGGGGGAGAAGCCCCGCUGGGACAUGAGAAGUGGAGCACAGUUUCCAGGAUAAACAACAAAAUACGCUUGAGCUAUGGAGUCCAACCAGGAAACCUCACUCUUCCUGGUGAAGAUCUUGGAGGAGCUGGACACAAAGCAGAACACCGUUUCUUACCAGGAUCUCUGCAAGUCACUCUGUGCAAGGUUUGAUUUGUCCCAGUUGGCCAAACUCAGAAGUGUGCUGUUUUACACUGCUUGCCUGGAUCCUAAUUUCCCAGCGACUUUGUUCAAAGACAAAAUGAGAUGCACUGUAAACAAUCAGCAAUCAAAGAAAAUCAUGGUUGCAGCAGAUAUAGUAACAAUAUUCAACCUCAUACAAAUGAACGGGGGAGUGGCCAAGGAGAAGCUUCCAGUUGCAAGGCAAAAAGUGAAGAAGAAAGAGUCCUUUGAGUCCUGCAGGUCUGACACGGAAAUCUGCAACGUGGCAGACUGCGUGCCCAAUUGUGAGCUGAACGACCAGGACUUUAACCAGGGCUUUCCGGUCAGAAGGUCUUCAAAAUGCAGGAAGAUGGACUGCAAAGACUGCCAACAGUUUGUUCCCUCUUCAGAACCCAACUUUUUGCUUGGGGUCAAUAAGGAGAUGAAGGGCCGGGCUGCCUCUCUGGAUAGGCUUCAGGCACUGGCGUCCUACUCCAUCGCCACGUCUCCGCCGUGUGAGAUGCAGAGUACCUACUUCCCUAUGAACAUCGAAAAUGAAUCUAUUUCAGACCAGGACUCCUUGCCAAUAAGCGCAGGUCUGAAAGAAACCUUCAUUUCAAAUGACGAGCCGUUUGUGAUGCAGUCGUGCAUCCAGAAAAGGAAUAUAUUCAAAGAAGAUUUUCAUAAUCUGAUUACAAUAUCUCCCAACUUAAUACCGCCCAACAAAAAGCCAGAAGAUGGACACAGAGAGCCUCAGAACAGGAAAGAAAGCUCUAAGCAGGCUUUCUUCAACCACAGCUUUGAAAUGCCAUACAGCAGCCAGUACUUGAAUCCAGUUUAUUCACCUAUACCAGACAAAAGACGAGCGAAGCAUGAAAGCCUAGAUGAUCUUCAAGCUUCAACGUAUUUUGGCCCAACUACGAUUCUUGGGCCUCAGGACAACAAAAAGUGGACAGGAAAACCAACUAAACAAACUGCCUGGCCAGCUAAAAGCUGGAGUUUAAAUACUGAGGAGGUACCUGACUUUGAACGAUCAUUUUUUAAUAGGAAGCAGUCAGAAGAGAAGACGCGCUACCAGAGCUCGAACAACCCAUCUCCAAACUUUCCUUCAGCAGACAGGCAUCAGGCCUACCUAAAUGCAAAGGACCAGCAACCAAUUAUGCAGACAAAUUAUGCUGUGAAACAAAAUGGGCAUAAACCCAAGGAAAUUCCUUCCAUUCUAGAUGUGGAAAAACAUGAGCCAGUCAAAAAGUUUAAGGACAAAAGCAUUAAUUGUACUUCUGUUCAGAUCUUAAGCAUUGACAGGACCACGAGUGUUGGGACACAAACGGAGCAACAGGUCCUGGACCACAAAAAAUGCAAGGAUUUGUGUACACCAGGCCAAGCCAAGUAUGGAGAGAGGCACUCCCUUAAGCACUCGGAUGAUGACUCUGAAAUCGUGAGUGAUGAUAUCAGUGACAUUUUCCGAUUUUUAGAUGACAUGAGUAUCAGUGGGUCCACGGGAGUGAUGCAGUCUUCAUGCUACAACAGCACUGGCUCCCUGUCUCAGGUGCAUAAAUCAGACUGUGACAGCUCGCCUGAGCACAAUUUGACUAAAAUCUCCAACGGGAGUGCCUGCAACAAAUUAGAAAAAGUGGUCCGGGCAGAUGUCAGUAACACGGACGAUGAACUGAAAACAAGUGUCUGCAAAUUGGUUUUGAGGAUUGGUGAAAUAGAGAAGAAACUGGAGUCUCUCUCAGGUGUCCGUGAAGAAAUCUCCCAAGUCCUGGGAAAAUUAAGCAAGCUGGAUCAAAAAAUUCAGCAGCCUGAGAAGGUCAGUGUACAAAUAGAUCUUAAUUCACUGACAAGUGAGGCCGCGUCAGAUGAAAGUAACUCCCCGCAGAUAUUUCAGUGCCACAACACUCCUCAUGGAGGCAAGCUGGAGAAUAAUCCAGAGUGGUGCUGUUCAGAUGCCAGUGGAAGUAACAGCGAAAGUCUUCGAGUAAAAGCCUUAAAAAAAAGUUUAUUUACUAGAAGGUCAUCGAGAUCAUUAACAGAGGAAAAUAGUGCAACAGAAUCCAAAAUAGCAAGUAUUUCAAACUCUCCCCGAGACUGGAGAGCUAUUACUUAUAGCAACCAAGUUGGCAUUACAGAAGAGGAGAUGAAAGAGAGAGAUGGAGGAGAAAAUAAAGACUGGCACAGGAAAUCUAAAGAGGCAGACAGGCAAUACGAAAUCCCACAGCCACAUAGACUCUCUAAACAGCCAAAAGAUGCUUUCUUGAUUGAACAAGUCUUUAGUCCUCAUCCCUACCCUGCAUCACUCAAGUCACACAUGAAAAGCAACCCGCUCUACACAGACAUGAGGCUGACGGAGCUGGCUGAAGUGAAACGUGCCCAGCCAUCGUGGACCAUAGAGGAAUACACAAGGAAUUCGGGGGAUAAAGGCAAGAUUGCAGCAUUGGAUCUACAAACUCAAGAAUCUUUAAACCCAAACAACUUAGAAUACUGGAUGGAAGACAUUUAUACUCCUGGCUAUGAUUCCUUAUUAAAACGCAAAGAAGCUGAGUUCAGAAGAGCAAAGGUUUGCAAGAUAGCUGCCCUAAUAGCAGCGGCAGCUUGUACAGUUAUUCUGGUCAUUGUAGUUCCCAUUUGUACAAUGAAAUCCUGAAUACGUGGACAGACUCGUGACUCCCAGCUGUGUGCAUCUCAGAUAGCUCAUUCUGUGUUUCAAGCGCCUGAUGGCAAAACUGUAAGGAAUUUGCGAAGGAAGAAUGUUCUGAGGAUAUCCUGGUGGAGAUUGCCGUAAACGUAGACAGAACACAAAACGAUGAGAGGAACAAUUUUUUUUUGAGAAGUAUUAUUUUAAAUAACAGAGCAUGUGGCGGAGCUGAUGGGAACUCGGUUCGAUUUUUAUGCAUUUUUAAAAGUGCAAUAUUUUUUUUCCUAAAGAAACAAUAUAAUGUUUUACAGAAUCAGAGACUGACAAGGAUCCAGGCAAAAGGGGAAGGUUGUCUGAGCUAUGUUGCAUUUACUGGAGGUGUGAGUACCUGGAGGUAGCACUGUAUAGAAGGGAACAUUCUAUAUGCAUUACACCGGGGAGCUAAGAACGUCUUAAAGCUCUCUACAAUGUAGAAAACUCUGAAUGUAUUGUAUUUAUUUAUAGCAUUUAUGUAUUUCAUGAUCAUUUGAUUGAAAGCAGACUGUGUAGCCAUGAACAGAGUUCAUUCCUAUGUUCAGAUUAAAAAGGGCUUUUUAUAUUUGGUCUUGCCCUAAGACCCACUCUAUCAUCACUGAGUACUUAGAUAAGUGCAAUGUGCUGCAGACCAAAAAGAUUAUGUUUUAAAGCAAUCAAAAGAGGUUUUAGUUGCUUCUGUUGAAUAACAUUUGCAUAGAGCUGGCAAACAUGCCUUGCCAAAAGGGUAUUCUUUACCUCUGCAGACAGUGAAACUGUCUCAAUUUCACUCCUGCCAGCAAGCAAAGCUGGCAAAUCCAAGCAACACUCAGUUAAAGUUCUCAUAAAUGUAAUCUGAACAGUUAUAAUUUUGUCACAAAGUCUUCGUGCCUUUUUUUAGACUGUAGAUGAACCAGAACUGUUUAAUUUUGCUAUUUUGAGCCCAUAACAUAAAUCACAACAUAAUGGGUACUAAUGGAGGUUCUCUUCCCGCAAGCCUUCUAUACAGUUCAGAUUGCUCCUCAGAUUGCAGGGCUGGUGGUUACUGAGCACUUACAUUAAGGGCACAGUCUUCCAGCACGGGUGGAAACUUGCUGUUAGUGCGAUGCAUUCAGCACAGGGAGCUUGUCUGCUUCCCCUAGUGCUAAUGUACUUAGGAAUGAUGGUUGACUCUGCUGGACAGCAAGCAGUCUGUAACCCCACGAGAAACAUCCAUUUAAUGCUUUAUCCCAAAUGCACGUAGCAGGUUAAAAGGACUUCUCGAGUUAUGAUAGAAAGGGUGUGCCAUGGUUAGUGAAAGCAAACGCCCAGACAGUAUUUCUCUUCUGUCAUGAGUGGAUUGGGGGAGGGAGGGAGGUGUUAAAAAAAUAAAAAAAAUAAAAAAAAUCAGGAAAUAAUGUGAACUUGCUGGUCCUCUAAGGGGAAGGUGAUUCUUGUGGUGAAAGCUCUUUCUGGAGGUUUGUUGGGUUCCUUUGGAAGCAGCCCCCUGGUCACACCGCAGCUGAGAGCAUCCCCUGCCCACCUGUCUGGCACUUGAGCUGCUGGGGUUCUCUGGGAUCAUGGGGUGUGCACCCUAAACCUGCACCUGCCUGGUGCAAUUCUGACCCAAAUUCUGUGGUUUUGGCCCCUUCCUGAUACCAAGAUUUCUCUCUGCUUCCAGAUGCUGCAUGAUGGAGUCACAGCAGGGAGGGAGUAAUUCGCACCGUCUAUUUUGGGCUCCCCUUAGGCCUUCAAUCACGGUGUGAUUCAGAGCACCUAAGUUUAGGAGCUCAGGAUCCAUACGUAGUAAAUAUAGACAGGUAGAGAAACCUCCAGGGAUGUUUCAGAGCUGCCAGCAAGAUGUCUAAUAUUAGACAUGUGAACGCACUCCACGGGGGCAUUGCUCUGCAGUUUACCUUAUGCACAAUUUAGGUUGGUUGUGUACGUAGAAAUCUCUUCCUGGUUCCAGGCAGCAUCAGGAAGACCUCAAGUCCCUCAUUGGCCUCACUACAGCAAGCAGGAGAUGUCAGAAAUAAGCAGAGUGGCUCCGUGGUUGCAGAAUCAGAUCCCAUCUGCUCAUGCUGGCAGAGUUGUGUCCCUCGGAGGGCGCAGGAUGGGUGCUGGAUGGACACCGGACAGACACACGGCCUCCACCAACCCCAUCUCUGCCAACACGAGCGGUCUGACCCUGUGAGACCCAAACCUGCCAGCUGAAAUCAGCAGUCUUAGCAAUUUACUUUUAGGAAAUAUCUGAUUAUCUGAGAUAUGGAAAAGAUGCAGGUAAUGGUAUUGAUCACAGGCAGGUUGGGGCUGUGCUUGCACUGCUGCAUUAGAGGAGGCUGAAGGGCCCCUGCUUUGUGUGUUUAGGGGUUGCCAUCAGCUCCACAGAAGUGCUGAGUGCUGGCACAGGAGGAGCUUUUGCAUUAGGGAUGCCCAAAAUCACAAGAAGGAUUUGGGAGGCGAUGGAGUCAUGGGUGAUGUGGAGCUGGUCUGACCCAAGCACUCAGCACCCUGAGCAUCCACAGCACCCCUGACCGACUGAGGUGCUUUUGCCCAUCCUCCCUUUGCAUAGGCAUCCGGUGGCACCCAUCCUCAUUGAGACAGUAAUUUCCCUGCCCAGGGAUUGGCACAAAUCCCCUGUUUGGAGCUUGACUCAGCUCCUGCAACCCCUGUGAGCAUCCCAGCAGUGCUGAGAGCCUGAGGGGAGAGGGGAAGACAGAGCCUGGCUCCACCCCUGCACCCCACAGAUACCUCCAGGAGCUGCUGCCUUGCCUUCCCCAGGGGAUGAUGGCCAUCCCUAGGCAUUCCCAGGAGGUUCUACAUCUGGCCAAUGUAUUUUUGCUUAAAAUAAGUAAGGUGAUGCAGCAGUGGGUGGCCACCACCAGGGGAGAGCUGCUCAGGAAGGAGGGACCCUGCGGUUCUGCACAGAGUGUAUCAGCUAGGGGAAAUCCUGACCAUAUUAACCUGCGAGAAUAUUGUGAUCGACCUUGUGAACCAGUUAUCAACUAGUAUAUGCUGUAUACUACAUGAUAGACUUUUGUAUUAAAAAAACAAUAAAAAAUAAAUUAAAGCUAUAGGUACAUUGUAAUCCUUGGUGUGAUUGAAAAAAAAGUGUCCUAGAUUGUAUUACUUAAUUAAAAUAAUGAUGAGCAUAUUGAA